CGAGAGCAGAUAAGCCCCCGACGCGACACUCUCCUGCGCAGAGAGAGUGCCACCUUAUCACCACCACCAUGCUCUCCCUCUCCCACCCCCACCCCCACCCGGCCUCGACCACGGCGGCGCGCCACCACCACCACCGCCGCCGCUGGGACGCCCCCGCCUCCACGCACGGCAGCCGCCCCCGCCGCCGCUUCGCGAGGCUGACGACCUCCGCCGUCAUCCUGGGCCCGGACGGGAGACCCAUCGGCGGGGGGCCACGCGACCACAAGCUCCCCUUCACCCCUCCCCCCACCGCGCCGCCCGACCAGCUCUACCAGCCGUUCCACCCGCCGCCGUCGCCGCUGCCUGACAAGUUCCGCACCCUCGACCUCACCCAGCGCCUCGCCGUGCUGCGCGACCGGCUUGGGCUGUGGUACGAGUACGCGCCGCUGAUAUCGGCGCUGUCGAAGGAAGGGUUCACGCCGUCGUCGUUGGAGGAGGCGACGGGGAUCUCCGGCGUCGAGCAGAACCGCCUCGUCGUCGCCUCCCAGGUCCGGGACUCGCUCGUCUCCGAGGGAUUCCCCGACGAGCUCCUCCCCUACUUCGACUCCUACGGCGGCCCGGAGCUGCUCUACGAGCUCCGAUUCCUCAACGCCCGGCAGCGCUCCGACGCGGCGAGGCACUCCAUCGAUUACCGCCUCGAGCCCAAGGGGGUGCGCGAGCUCGCCCGCUCCAUGAAGGACUUCCCGCGCCGCCGCGGCGACGACGGGUGGGAGGCCUUCACGCGGGACACCCCCGGCGACUGCCUCGCCUUCGCGCGGUUCCGCCAGUCGCGGGAGGCCAUCGACGUCGAGGACUGCAUCGCGGAGCUGGAGCGCGCGCUGCAGGUGGUCGAGACGGAGGCGGCGAGGGCGCGGGUGGAGCUGGAGAUGGAGCGGGCCAGGAAGAAGGCCGCCGGGGAGGAGGUGGACGACGCCGCCGAGGGCGACCCCGCCGCCCGCCCCGCCGUGCCCGUGGUGCGGCUCAUGUACGGCGAGGUCGCGGAGGCGACCACCGUGCUGCUCCUCCCGGUGGUGCGGGAGACGGACGGCGUGGAGGCGCUGGCCCUCGCGCCGAGGCGGACCAAGACGGACGUGGACCUCGGCCUCGUGGAGGUCGACAAGGGGUGGACGCGGUGGGCGGUGGUGCCCGGGUGGGGGCCCGUCGCGGAGGUCGCCGGCGAGGCCGUGGUGAUCGAGCUGGCGGACGGCCGCACGCUCCCGUGGCGGUCGGCGGAGGAGGAGCGGGUGCUGGUGGUGGCGAACCGUGGGCGGAGGGAGGUGGUCGAGGACGGCAUCUACGUGGUUGACAGGCAAGGCAGGCUGGUGGUGGAGAAGGGGAGGAUUCUGGCGGAGCAGGGCGUCGGCGAGGCCGCCGCCGAGGUGCUCAUCGUCGUCCGGCCGCCCAAGGAUGAGGACGACAUGAUCAGCGACGACGAAUGGGACUGAGCUGAGGAUUAGAGAGCGAUUUGCUCUUCGCAAAUGCGUGAUUUUCUCUCGGUAAAGAAACAAAAAAAAAGGUCUCCUCCCCUAAUCAUUCCAUAGUUCAUGAAUAAUCAUUCCAUCAGGGGAAACCCAUUAUUUCUUGUUAACAGUACAAAAUUCAUAGGAACAUGGCAGAUGCAAUUCUCUUCUAGCCUUUGCCAUUGCUUGUUAUUUGCCUCAAAUAAGAUGAACAGAUACGAGAAUGUUAUAUUUCUGAAAUGAGAUUUGCCUU